GAAAAGUUGGGGAUUUGGAUCCUCUGCUACACGACAGAGUUUCCUUGCGGCAUCCAAUAGCAAGGACAACAAGGGAGGAGAAUUGUGGGGCUGUCAAGAUCGAAUCGCGUGCUAUUACAGCCACACACCCUACUUGGCUACCAUAGUCAGGCAGAGAAUCUGGAUCUGAAAGUUGGAGCCUAGCAAGUAUCAAGCGGCAACUUUUUUACGUAGUAGUAUAACAUACAUAUUAUUAAGACUGAAGCCUUAGAAAGAACACUUCCUCUGGCUAGAGAGCCGACCCUAGAGGAAACCCUAGGCUGCCAACUCCGAACAUCUCCAAAAUCUGAUUUUCUAGCUUUCUUUUCUUUAAUCAAUAAAAAUAUCGGAAGAUGGUGACAUUCUCUGAGCAGUGAAGGAUCGAAUCAAAGAUUUUUCUAUGCUCCCACCCUUUUUUAAUUUCUACUUUUGAGAGUUUUGGUACGGCUUCUUCGUUAGCCGAGACUUUUAUUUGCCAAAGGUGAGCGUGUGGUAUGUUAUUCUCCUAGCAAUGUCUAGAGGUUGUAUGUGUUUUGAUCAAUGUAAUUGAUGUGGUGAAUUUUUGUUAUUCAUGAAUGUAGCAAACCGAUGAUUCAGAAAAUUUUUAUUCGGCUGAGUUUCCUUUGUUGGCUGUUGGUCAAAUCAAUUCUCCCUUUCCGGUGAAGUCGGGAUUCUUGAUUUAAUUUGUUUCCUUUUUAGUUUGGACAAUUUAGUUUCUUUCAAUUGCAUUUUGAGUAGCAAGUUCAACAUUGCUCUUAGAUUAGUCAACAUAAUUGCGGGAUUAGCAAAUUUGUUUGGUCCUCGGAGAUCAUCCGAAUAUAUUUCUCAUCUUAGUGUAGUCUCGAUUUAUUAUAUUGUUUUAUCUCCGAUUACUUUUAUCAUUAAUAAAACAAGUUUCUUUUUUGUCAAAAAAAUAAAGAACACAAUCAAAAAUUAAACCGCUUGAAAGAACACAGACUCCAAUGUCAAAGAAGAUGAAUGGUUCUAUUAACCCCUGUUGAACGCUUUAAUCUCUGCAAACCGUUCCACUAAUCAAAAACUGUAACAAUAAUGUUGGUUACUACCCGGGUCCGGCCACAUAAUUUCUUGAAAUAUUUAACAAGCAAUUGAUUCAGUUCAGAACUUUCAAGUUUCAACUAUCUCAACUCCACCGCACACCGCCAGAAUCCGUCGUCACAGCAAGUCCGCCGCUGGUCAGACCUACUACUAAUCCAUGUCCCUGAAGCGCAAGUAUGACGUGGGCCAACCCUCUAAUGACAGGAGGAGAGUUCAACGAAUCAUUUCUAUCGAUGGAAAGGCUCCAUGCUCAACAUCAGCUCAAAAUCAGAUGAAGAAACAAUCGCCUCUUCAUAGUGCUUCUAGCACUCAUGUCAACAUUAAGUCACAAAACAGUGGUGGCAUUCAACUCUCAAUCUUCCUCUGCGGUAUAUGCUUUGACUACAAACCAAGCUCCCAAAUGUUUAAAAAUGGAAAGUGUAACCACUCCUUCUGUUCUGCAUGCAUGGCGAAGUACGUGACCUCCCAAAUAAACCAAAACAUUGUGAAAGUCACCUGUCCACACCCUAAUUGUCCCUUGGAACAGAACCCCAAAUAUUUGCACCCCAUUUUGCCCAGGAAAGUGAUUGACAAGUGGAACACAGCUAUAUGCGAGUCGACGAUUUUGGCGUCUCAGAAGACUUACUGCCCCUUUAAGGACUGUUCGGUUCUGUUGGUCGACGAUGGGAGAGAAGUUGUGACCCGCUGUGAGUGCCCUUCUUGUCAUAGGCUGUUUUGUGCACAAUGUAGGGUUCCAUGGCAUGCAAGUGUAACCAGCUGUGAGGAAUACCAAAGGAUGAAGAGGAGGAGAUAUGUUGAUCAAGACCUGGAUAACAAGUUCUUUAACUUGGCCAAGGAUAUGAAAUGGAGAAAAUGUCCCUAUUGCAAUAUGUUUGUGCAGAGAGAUGGAGGAUGUGAACACAUGGCUUGCAGGUGUGGAGGUCACUUCUGCUAUUAUUGUGGGAAGAAUUGGACGUCUGGCCAUAUGUGUAGUAGGGUAUAGCAGUGGAGACAAAAUGGAGAUUUUGGGUUUCAAUAUUGGCAUCAUUUGUGUUUCAUUGUUCAUUUUUGUCCAUGACUAUUUAGGGUACUUUAAUACCUUGAUUUCAACUAUGUAUUUCUUGUCAUUGUUUUUCCUUCCCAUCAUUUAUG